AUGAUCGGCGUAAUAGCACCUUAUUUGUCGAAAUUCCAUCGAAAUUACCAGUCAAAUGAUAUCAUUGAUCGACUGAAUUAUCAGUAUACGGCACUGAUCAUUGCACUUACUGCCUUUACCCUUGCUGCAACGCAAUAUGUUGGUAAACCGAUUCAGUGUUGGGUGCCUGCACAGUUCACUGGAGCAUGGGAAAAAUACACGGAAACUUAUUGCUUUAUCAAAGGAAGUUAUUAUAUGCCUUUGGAGAGUGAAAUACCACACGAAUAUUCGCAGAGAGAUGAAUCGGUUAUUGGAUACUACCAAUGGGUACCAAUCGUUUUGGCACUCCAAGCAUUUUUGUUUUAUUUUCCGUCCAUUGUUUGGCGAACGAUGAAUUCUCAUACAGGUGUUAAUGUGAAAGGAAUUCUUAAUUCAGCGGCUAUGGUGAAAAAAAAAUUCGACAAAAGUUCCCGCCUUGCACAAGUGCACAUCGCAGCAGAUCAUUUGCGCGAUGCGUUGGAUAUGCAGAGAGAGCUCCGAACUGGAUCGUUUGAUUGCUUUCAUCUUGGCAAACGAAGUGGAGUCUAUCUGAUUGUCUUAUACCUUUUUACCAAAUUGCUGUAUGUGAUCAAUGUGAUUCUACAAUUCGUCAUUCUAAAUGCAUUUCUGGGACCGCAAUAUACUCUGUGGGGCGCGGGUAUUCUUUCUGAUAUAUGGCGCGGUAAGGAAUGGAGUGAAUCCGGUCAUUUCCCUCGAGUCACAAUGUGCGACUUUCAUAUCCGUGUGCUGGGCAAUAUUCAUCGUUGGACAGUGCAAUGUGUCUUGAUGAUUAAUAUGUUCAACGAAAAAGUGUACAUUUUCUUAUGGUGGUGGUUUGUUCUGGUUGGAACUUUGUCAGUGUUAUCGUUGUUGUAUUACGUCUUUGCACUGAUGCUUGGAUCGAAUCAGCGGCAAUUUGUAACACGUUAUCUGCGGUGUGCCGGUGCUAUUUCGGAUUUCAGAGAUCCGAAAACAGAGAAAUAUCUUCAUGAUUUUGUUAGAAGAUUUCUGCGGCCCGAUGGUAUCUUCAUUUUGCGACUUAUCGAGACAAAUGGUGGCGAUUUACUGGUUAGUGAAAUUAUUAACGUAAUGUUCGGCCACUAUAGAGCUCGUAUGGAGGAGCAAUCUGAAACGAUGGCUGUGACUGACAGAGCACAUUUGAAUGGCAAUGACAAUUUAUUGGAACGAUGA